AGGUCUAGCGGCAGACCUCAUAAUCAGGCUCCACCCCUUCCCCCAAGCUCCGCCCUCGCUCCGCCUCUCAGAGGAUCCCACUCACCGACUCCACCAGCAGACCGAAGUUCGGACCGCGGCCCCCUGGGCCCAGGGGAGGGAGGGGAACGGCCGCAGCAGAAAGCAACCGAAAAGAACGGGGCAAGCGGGCGAGGCAGCAAGAGCGGACCCCGAGACCUAGGCCCCGCCCAUAGGCUCGAGGCCCCCCCCUCCUGUGUGCCAGCUUGAGCACUGCCCCUUAGGAACCUGGAUCUCCCUUUGAAAUACCCCAGUGCCUUCUUCCCCGCCCCCAGGCCUUGCAGUCCUAGGCCCCACCCCUGUAGAACGUUCUUUUAAGCCCCGCCCCUUCAUAAUGCCCCGCCCUCUCCGUUAGUUUCUCUCCUGAAGCUCCGCCCAUUAGGAACACAGCUACGUAGCUCCUCCCUUUUGGAACUCUCCGUCGUCCGGCCCCUAAAGACAGUUUACUUGUAAGCUCCGUCCUACAAGGACAACCUCUCCUCCCAAGACCCUCUUUCCUCUGGCUCGCCCAGAAGGCCCUUCCUCUGUGGAUCCGCCCCUUCUAUGACGCACGCGCUUGUCCUCGCCUCCCGCGUCUUCACUCUCCUUUUCCAGGCCCUCCGACCCCGCCCCCUAGCGAUGCUCCCUUCUCGCCCCACCCCUUUUCGAACCCCGCCAGGCACCCCGCCACUCCCAUUUAGAACCCAAAACAUAGACCUUGCCUCUUUAGAACAUCCAGAGCAAGCUCUGUCCUAGACUCCCUCCCUACAUCCUCAGGGACCAAUGGCACAGAUGGGUGGGAAAGGAGGGGAUCCUUUCUGGAUCCUAAGAAAAUGGGGACUGGGGGGCUGUUCGCUGGAGCCAGGGCCGGGCUCUAGGACCCAGCGGGCAAGUGCGCCUGCCUCGCGCUUACCCCUCCCCCCAAGCCGCCCCCUCCCCCCCCACCCAUCUACCAGGUUUCCCCUCCCUCCCCCCUCGCCCCGGCUCCCGGUGCCCGUCUCUAGCGCCGCCGGAGCCAGCGAGGGAGCUGGAGCGAACAGGAGGAGGAGGAGGAGGCCACGUCGCCACCGCUCGGAGCCCGGCCGGAGCCUUCCAGGUACAUGGUUCGGGUCCGAGCCGUGGUGAUGGCCCGAGAUGACUCCAGUGGGGGCUGGCUGCCUGUGGGGGGCGGGGGCCUCAGCCAGGUGAGCGUAUGUCGGGUCCGAGGGGCCAGGCCCGAGGGGGGGGCCCGCCAGGGGCACUACGUCAUCCACGGGGAGCGCCUCCGGGACCAGAAAACCACCUUGGAGUGUACCUUGAGGCCAGGCUUGGUUUACAACAAGGUGAACCCCAUCUUCCACCACUGGAGCCUGGGUGACUGCAAGUUUGGGCUGACGUUUCAGAGUCCUGCAGAGGCCGAUGAGUUCCAGAAGAGCCUACUGGCUGCACUGGCUGCACUGGGUCGAGGCUCACUCACCCCCUCCUCCUCCUCCUCUUCCUCCCCUUCCCAGGACACUGCAGAGACCCCCUGCCCUCUGACGUCCCACGUGGACAGCGACUCCUCCUCCAGUCACAGCCGCCAGGAGACGCCUCCCUCCGCCGCCGCGGCGGCCCCCAUCGUCACUGUGGAAUCAGCUUCUGGCUUCGGGUCGGCCACACCGCCCCAGCGCCGCCGCUCCUCCGCUCAGAGCUACCCUCCGCUCCUACCGUUCACAGGGAUUCCGGAGCCUCCAGAGCCCCUGGCCGGGGCAGGGGGCCCGGGCUGGGGCGGCCGUGGAUACGAGGAUUACCGGCGCGCGGGGCCGCCCGCGCCUCUCGCCCUGUCUACCUGUGUUGUGCGCUUCGCCAAAACCGGCGCAUUGAGGGGCGCAGCGCUGGGGUCCCCCGCAGUCCUACCUGCUCCUCUCACCGAGGCUGCGGCCCCAGCGCCCCCGGCUCGCCCACCCCCUGGCCCCGGCCCGGCCUCUGCGCCGGCCAAGGCCUCCCCCGAAGCGGAGGAGGCGGCGCGCUGCGUGCACUGCCGUGCGCUCUUCCGCCGUCGCGCGGACGGGCGUGGCGGCCGCUGCGCGGAGGCCCCGGACCCAGGUCGUCUGCUGGUGCGACGUCUCAGCUGCCUGUGGUGCGCCGAGAGCUUGCUCUACCACUGCCUGUCGGAUGCCGAGGGCGACUUCUCGGACCCGUGCGCCUGCGAGCCGGGCCACCCGCGCCCCGCCGCGCGCUGGGCCGCGCUGGCCGCGCUCUCCCUCGCCGUGCCCUGCCUCUGCUGCUACGCGCCCCUGCGCGCGUGCCACUGGGUCGCGGCGAGAUGCGGCUGCGCCGGCUGCGGGGGUCGCCACGAGGAGGCGGCGCGGUGAGGACGGCCUGGUGGGUCCAGUAGCCGGACCGAGGACCCAAAAUUGGGGGUCCAGGACCCCGAACUCCGUUCGGCCCCCACACCCAAACCUAGGCACACCCGGAACUUGGAGCUUGAGUUUGGAUUGAGAGACCCCAGAUCUGGAACCUGGACCCCGAAUCUAGGACUGAGAGACCCCAGAUCCAGCUUCAUUGGGAUGUCUGUCCAAGAGGGCCCAGGCAUCCUGAGUUUUGGCAUCCCCGUCCUCCACCCUCACCCGCAACCUCGACCUAGACUGAAGAGGGGUCCCCAGACUUUUCACCUCAGGCAAGUAGGGGAGCAUACCGAUCCCUGGGAGCCACAGGAUCCUGAAUCGUGACUUCCUGUUCAAAUUACCAACCUACACCCAGUCAUGCCUGGCACCAUGAACCCUCAGAUUACAGCCCCAGAAUUAGGAGUUGCCAGUACCUGACCUUGCCUGUAGACAAUUACUCCCAGAUUUUGAGAUCAUAGGACCCAGAAUCAUCCCUCAUGGUUCCUGAAUGCUCACCUAAAACCUGAGGCAUCCGAAUCUGAGAUGUUCUUGUAGCCCUAGGACUUCUCAGACACCAAACCCUUUUAAGAUACCCUGAGUCCUUGGAUGUGCUCAAAUGGAUGCUCUCUGACCCAAAUAACUCGGGAGACCCACCUCAGAGCCCCCCACCCCACACGCACACCACCCAAGAUGCACAAGCCAGCUUCCAGGGUGCUCUGGGGGCCAGGGAUCAAAGACCUGUAGACCCGCCCAUUCCAGGCCUGUUUCCCCAGGAGCUUUUGAUUUCACAUGUGGGACUCUGAGGUGUCUACUAACCCCAGACGUAGGACUGAAGGCCACCAAUCCCUCAAGGCCCAAGACAUUGGUCCUAACCCUUCAGAGAGCCCUCUUCCAAUUCUCCCUGGACUUGGAUUUCAAGCCCUGGAAUGUCCUGGAAUCUUUCACUUCUUUCUACCUACAGGUCCCCAAUCUCCUAAAGGCUGGGAGCCCAGCUCCCAGAAGAUGGGACGUUCAUGGCAACUGAGACCUCUGACUCCUUGUCCCCAAGUGACCCCAAGGUGCUUUAGGAGCACUGGAUCCAAGACCCCAAGGUACCCUUGACCCUUCCAAAUUCAGGACUCAAGCCUACACAAUAUUGGGAUAGCCCCUGACCCAAGACCUUGGUCCCCCAUUCCAGAGACUGUCUGCUCUGAGGUGCCCAGGGACCUAGCAACUUCAGGUCCCAGAUCUCUUUGGACGCUAACCUCUCUAGCCCGAUAUGCUCCAGACCCAGCUUGUGCACCCCCUGAGACCUGUUGCCCUUGGUUUCUGAGACCCUAAGAUCACGGACUCUGGAAUUCGAGUCCCAAGGGCAGCAGCCCAAGCUCCCAACAUCCCACAGAGCUACCCAUUACCCCAAGGGAGAGACAAAACAGUUUGUGCUAAUGUUCCUGGAUUCUAGGACCACCCGAGAGCUCUCUUGCUCCCAGGUCUAGGACCCAGCUUUGCCACAGAUGAUUGUGCAGGCUGUUCACUAGGCAAAGGCACACAGCCCAGGUGAUGAGUGGGGCUGGCCAUGCUGUGCCCUCAGAGGAAAGUGUGCAUUUUUCUGAGUUGCACAAAAGCACCUAGCUAUGGCUCUGCUGGCAUAAAUGAGUGCGCGCACACACACACACACACACACACACACACACACACACUCUCCACAGCCUUGCAGACUCUCUCCCAAGCCCAGUCUUACAUUCCAGCCCUAGUCCAAGCCUUUUAUGUUCUGCCCCCCUGUUAACCCUUUCUCAGAAUUGGGGGUUGCUUUGGAAAGCUUGAAAGCCUGUUUGCUGGCCCUCUGAGACACCUCUUCUGGGGAAGGGGGGUUCCACGGUCUUUUCCCUCCGAGUGGCAUGGGACUUCUGUUGUACCCCAGAUCUGAUGGCCUGCGUGGUGGUGGGGUGGGGAUCAUGGUCUUGGGGCAACACCAUCUCAAUGUUGUACAGGCUUGGGCCCUGCAUCUGGCCCCAAGCAUCUGGAAAUGCACACUUACCUUUCUUCAUUACCCAGACUUGGAUGGCCUUGUGGGGGUUCAAGGGAUAGGUCAAGGGGGCCAGAGGGAUGGAUCCUUCUGUCACUUCCUUUAAAUUAUUAACUAUUUAUUACAUCCGGAACCUGUGAGAUUCAGCUCUCUCAACCAGAGCCGGGAUGGGUGAGAGGAAAGGGGGUGUCCCUCCCAUCCCCACUCUGCCCAGCUCUCAUCACUGUCAGACCCACCAGAGCUGAGGGCGGAGGGACUGGGGGCUGGGGCCACCUGGGUCCCCAUCCCCCUCUCUGUGCCUCGGUCUCCUCCCUUCCGUGGUGGGCGGGGGGGAAGCUCCAUUCUUAACCUACCUCGUUUUGGGGAGGGGUGGGACGGGGGACCAGAGUGCUGUAAGGUGCUGUGGGAUCUGCGGAGGAAGCAGUGGGGGCUGGGGGAUGGUCCCCUGGCUCCCACCUCCCAGCACCACCUCUCCCAGGUCUCCCAGUCCCUCUCCCUGCUAAUACCCACCUCUGAUCCAUGAUUACUCUUCAUCACCCCUAAAUCAGGGGUGCAUGGAGGGCUGACCCUGGGAGCCAGGAAGACCUCAGACCCUGGAGCCCCCAGGCCCAGUUUCCCGGCUGCUUGCCCCUCAGAUUGGAUGCUUGGCCCUCAGACUUGGGGGAAGCACCCCGACAUUAAUCUUCCUGAUCUUGAGUCUAAGCCAGUCUGUGACCUCAAUAUUGUUAUCAUCAGUGCAGGCUGAAGUAGUGGGGGAGGAUGGGGGCCAAAGACCCAGCCUUGUCAUUGGAGGAGGGGGCAUGAGAUAUCGGCUCCAAGAAAUGUCUGUGACAAAGUCUCAGCCUGUGU